AUGAAAGAUAUCAAUGCAAUUGCUUGUUAUUUUGAAUAGGACUAAUUCCUUCAAAAUCUUUUUGAUAGGGAUAGAGGGUUGUAAAAAAAGGUUGGUGAUAGUUAAUUAUAAUGCAUGUAAAUGCUAAAUGAAUAAAUUGUUGAUGUUGUAAUCAUGAGUGAAUUUAAUUUAUUAAUAUUUUUAGAAUAGCAUAAAAUGUAUUUGAGUAAGUUAAGAUAUUAAGUGAAAUUAAAUACUAAUAUUGCUCAUCAUAUUCUGAUAAAUAAAAAUGAUCCCCCAUGGUUUAGGAAAGAAUUAAAUGAUGCAAUUGAUGUAAUAUAAAAGCAAAAACUAGAUUUAAUGAUUAAGGAAAAGCAUUUACCCACUAAAAUAUAUAACUCCAAAAAUAAAUCAAUAAUGCCUUAUUAGCCAACUCUUCAAUUGAUUUGUGCCAUACUAUCCAUUUUAUUUAUUAUUGUAAUUUAAAUCACUCUGGUGCUUUAAGAAUUUAAUGUAUUCAAGAAUAAAAUAAAAAUUAAAUACUUCUCCGAAAAGGUUGGACCUAAAAUUAAAUAAAAUUGAUUAUAAAUACUAGUAAGAUAUAAUUAGAAUAUAAAUAUCUUUGUAA